AUGCCACAACACCAAAUCCAACACAAACACCUCCAAACCGUCUCUGACCUCAAACUCAACAUUAAACCACGAAAAAUCAGUGAUUACAAUCAGAAACGUUGGAAUUCCCUCACCGAUGCUGAAAAACGAAUCUACAACGACAAUUAUUGUUGUUCCUAUUGCGACCUUCACAGAUGGAAAACCAAAAUUGUUACCAUCAUGCUGAAUCAGGAUAACAUUAAGGAAUCUCAAGUGUCUUGGAAAAAGGGAAAAGGACUAGUUUUUGAAAAAAAUGAAGAACAAAGGUUGAUUCCAUGCAUUUCUGAUGGAAACUGUCUGGAUUUUGUUGGAAGCACUGAUUCUACAGUGUUCAAAGCUAGUUUUUCCAAUACAGAUAGUCCAGAAUUUACUGAUGUUUCUCUGAAGUGUGAUAAGAAAUGUUUGGUUUUAGUCAACCAAACAGAUCAAGCAAUUUACUUGAUUUACAAUCAAAUUCACAAAAUGGUGAAGAUGGAAGAUGAAUACUCAAGUGAAUUGGUUCAAUUUACUAAUUUCUCACAAUUUUCAAAGCUCAUUACUCAGUCUGAGUCAAGAGCACUCUGUCGAUUGACCAAAACCAAAUACUUGGUGUUGAUUUUUGAAGACAACUCCAACGCAAUCACUUUCCAAGAUCUAAUCACACAAAAUACACGUUGGUUUCUCUUUGACUUGCAAAGCCACUCAAUUGAGGUUGUGAGCCCAAUUGUCCAUCCAUUAAUUCAGCAGGGAAAGCAUGAAUUCUCAAUCAUUCAAAAAAAAUCAAGAAAAAGAAAAGAUUUUCGUUUUCUAGAUGGUGAUGUCAAUGGUGGAUACAGUGAAGCUUUGGAAUUUCCUCAAUCUUUCUCAAAACCAAAGUUGUUCGCUUUUCGUCCAUUUAAGGCAAAUCCUGACCUCUUCCAAGUUCAUUUGAAUUUGAGAGAGGAAUUUGAAGCAAUGAGUUUUUCUCUUAAUUCAUUGGGGUUUUCGUUCAGAUUCUUGUUCAAAGUGAAGAGUGAAGCUCCAACUCCUUUUUCUCAAAAACAAACAUCCUCCUUUUCCGAUGUUUCUCUUCAAUGUUUUUAUUAA